ACACACACACACACACACACACACACACACACACAUAUCUCACAGUGAGUGAGAGAGUGAGAGAGAGGGGUGACAUCGUGGUUUAACCCUUUUCGGAUCAGAAUCCAGACUGUAGAUGGGGGGGAACAGACGGACGGCGCGCGCACCACGUCGGGGACGCACCGAUUUCAUAUCCAGGAUCAAACCCAGCAGGAUUUCUCUUUUCUGCGGCUCUUUUUUUUACUCUCUGGCGUAAAUAAAUCCGCUAUUCACAGGAUAAUGCCAUUCACACGACUCGUUUAACCAGCGCGAGGAGAUCCAGCAGCACAGAUCCACCAGAGAUCCUUUAGAGAUUUCUCCGAGAUCCACCACAGAUCCUUCAGAGCAGCUCUGAGACUGAUCUGUAGCUGUGCAUUCUUUUUUGUUGGAUUUUUGAUUUGCUUAUUUGAGUGUUGGAUAAGGCGCAGAUACACAAUGCCUGGAUGCGCAAUUGUGCGUAAACGGCGCGCGUGAAGCAGAGGGGAAAUCUCGGUGUUUUUUCAUCACGGAUCAUUUCAUUUUUUUAAUUAAAAAAAGCCAUGGCGAUCAUUCCCACCUUCACCAUCCUCCUCUCAGUACUUGUUUACGGGGCAGGUGCAUCUACUGCAGAAUCCUCGCCCCCUCCCAAAGGAUGUGGUUCAGGUGUCCAUCCGUCGUACCGGCUCCUGUGUGACCUGGAGUCUGUGUGGGGAGUCGUUUUAGAGGCGGUGGCAUGUGGUGGUGCAGUUUCGGCGGUCGUUCUUUUCACCGUCCUGCUCUCCAAGCUGAAAAUGGUGACUGAGCCAGAAAGGCGUAGCGGUGUAGGACCUCUGCUGCUGCUGCUGCUAAGUACAGUUGGUCUGUUUUGCCUGUCUUUGGUGUUUAUGGUGGGGCAUGGUGAGACGGUGUGCAUGCUGCGGCGUGGGCUGUGGAGCUCGCUCUUUGCCCUUUGUUUCUCCUGCCUGUUGGUGCAGGCAAUUCGGCUGCGGAAGCUUGCCAUGGGGAAACGCAGUCCAUCAGGCGUGACGCUCUCUGUGCUGGCGUUUGGCAUUGCGCUCGUACAGGGGGUCAUCAGUGGCGAGUGGCUGUUGCUGACGGUGGCACGUGAGGGCAGAAGCGCCUGCGACUACCCACCACUGGACUUCGCGUUGGUGUCCGGCUACACAUUAGUACUGCUCCUCACUUCAACAACGGUGUCGCUCGGAGUCCUUCUGUGUGGCACGAGACACAUCGAUGAUGCUGCCAGGAAGAAAAGACGCAGAUGGAGCUGUAACGGUGUCUGGCUUUUCCUCUCCUGCCUCGUCUCCCUCCUCAUUUGGGCCGCAUGGCUUGGGUUUUACCUUUACGGAAACACCGCUGGAAAGAGCACUACAACCAGUGAGACAGACGGCGAGGAACCCGCCCUGGCCAUAGCCUUAGUCAUGGAGGGAUGGGCACUGCUGCUCUUCCACGCCAUCCCAGAAGCCCAUCUGUGCCUGCGAAUGAGCAACCACAGGGGUAACGAAGGGGGCCAGGAUUACUAUGACGCAAGACAACCUCAGUCUUCACACAGUUACCGCGAUGACGACGAGCUGCCGGCCAAUCACAGAGCAGCGUACACAGAAAGACAAGCGUUUUCCAUAGAGGAGCACAGCGCAGGCAUGCAGUCCGGAGGCUACCACACUACAGUAAUACGUCCCACGCCUCAAUUCCGAAGUCAUGUGUACCAGCCCACUGAGAUGGCCCUGCUGAUGAAUGGAGGAACGAUUCCCACGGCUCCCCCGAACUACACCGGAAGGCACCUGUGGUGAAUGCUGUGGGAUGUUACAGGGUCAGAGGGCAAUACAGUGCAGAAAGGGGCUUCAACUAACAGUGUCGACUUGAGCUGUGCUUUCGUAUGAUAGUGUAAUAAUGUAAUAAUGUUCUGUUAGUGAAGCUGGACCUAAACCACGGUUUGUGUAGUCACGCUGCACUGAAGGGUGACGAGUUACAGCUGCUUUCACACCAGGCAUGUUUUUUUAUCCUUUAUUAUAAAUGGAUGAGUGAAUGAAUGAAAAUGAGUGUGUAAAUAAAUACAUAGAUUAGGGUAUGAAUAAAUGUGUGAGUGAGUGUGUAAGCAAAUGAUUGAGUGAAAUAGUGAGUGAAUGACUGAAUGAAUCAAAUAAUAAAUAGGUGAGAGAAUGAGUAAGACAGUUAAUGAAUGGAUGAAUCAAUCAAUUAAUUAAUGUGAGUAAAUGAGUAUGUGAGCAUUAGUGUUUAAAUGAAUGAUUGUAAGUAUUUAUUUUUGAAUGAAUGGAUGAGCCAAUUAAUGAGUGUGUGAAUGAGUGUGAAAUACUGUGUGUAAGUGUGUGAAUGGAUGAGUGAGUGAAUGAAUGCGUGGAUGAGGGAGUGUGAAUGAAUAUGUGAGUAUGUUAUUGAGUGAGCAUGUGAAUGAGUGAGUGUAUGAGUAAGACAGUGAGUGAAUGAAUAAAUGAAUGAAUGUGUGUGUGGGAGAGUGGGUGUAUGAAUGAGUGAGGGAGUGUGAAUGAUUGAGUGAGUGAGUGAACGAGUGAGAAGGUAAAUUAUUGAAUUAAUUAAAGGUGAGUGAAUCGGUAAGACAGUGAGUGAAUGAAUGAAUGAAUGAAUGAAUGAAUACGUUUGUGUGAGUGAAUGAGUGAGUGAGUAAGUGAGUGAUUGAGUGAGUGGGCAGGUGAAUAAAUAAUUAAGACAGUGGGUAAAUGAAUAAAUGGGUAAGUAUGUGAAUAAAUGAGUGUGGUGGAGUGUGAAUAAUUAAGUGGAUAAAUAAGUGAGUGAAUGAGAGUAUUAUAGCAACUCAUCAGAAGCAUACACAAUCACCAUGGCAACACUCUUACUGGUGCUAAGUAUGAUGCUCUGAAAUGUGCCAGUAUUUUAGGAAACAGUGUGGAUGUUUUUUUUCGUCGUUGUUUGAGUGCCAAAAGAAAGUUAUACGUUUUACAGUCGCAACCAUGAAACUGCAGCGACGACAAAAACAACCCCCACAGAAGCAAACCAUGAGACAGACGACAUGAUAUGAGAGAGCAGACAAACUGAUUAAUUAUAGGAGCCAGGACAAUGUGGUAAAGAAAACAUGUUGCAUAGGUGUGUGAAUGUGUGAAUAACUAAAUCUGUGAAUGAGUGAGAGAUAAAGUGAGAGUAUGGGUGUGUGAAUGAGUGAGAGUAUGGGUGUGUGAAUGAGUGAGAGUAUGGGUGUGUGAAUGAGUGAAUGAGUGAGAGUAUUGGUGUAAAUGAGUGAUUGAGUAAGAGUAUGGAUGUGUGAAAAGGUGAUUGAGUGAGAGUAUGGGUGUGUGAAUGAGUGAAUGAGUGAGAGUAUGGGUGUGUGAAUGAGUAAAUGAAUGAGAGUAUGGGUGUGUGAAUGAGUGAAUGAGUGAGAGUAUUGGUGUGAAUGAG